CUCUCGCCCCCGAGGCUGGGGUCCUGUGGUCCGGCCCGAGGGCCGCAACCCCCGCCCUUCCAUGUGCCCGCCCAUCCCCCGGCUGCGCCGCUGCUCCGGCUGCUGCUUACCAAGCCGGACACCGGAGCUGCGGGACAGGGCAGCACUGGCCGACCACGGUGACGCCGGCCCUGAGGGACACCGCAGCAUGAGGCAGAGAUUAACGUGACAGUGUCAGGUGGACCCACAGCCAUCCCACCGCCCCCUCUGGGAGUGCUGAAAGUGAGGCAGCAUGGAGGAGAGGAAGCAUGAGACCAUGAACCCAGCUCAUGUCCUCUUUGACCGGUUUGUCCAGGCCACCACCUGCAAGGGAACCCUCAAGGCCUUCCAGGAGCUCUGUGACCACCUGGAACUGAAGCCAAAAGACUACCGCUCCUUCUAUCACAAGCUCAAGUCCAAGCUUAACUACUGGAAGGCCAAAGCCCUCUGGGCAAAGUUGGACAAACGGGGCAGUCACAAAGACUACAAAAAGGGAAAAGCAUGCACCAACACCAAGUGUCUCAUCAUUGGGGCUGGCCCCUGUGGUCUCCGUACAGCCAUCGACUUAUCCUUACUGGGGGCCAAGGUGGUUGUUAUUGAGAAACGAGAUGCCUUCUCCCGCAACAACGUCUUGCAUCUCUGGCCGUUCACCAUACAUGAUCUACGAGGUCUGGGUGCCAAGAAGUUCUAUGGCAAGUUCUGUGCCGGAGCCAUCGACCAUAUCAGUAUCCGUCAGCUCCAACUAAUACUUUUGAAAGUAGCCUUGAUCCUAGGCAUUGAAAUCCAUGUCAAUGUGGAAUUCCAAGGACUUAUACAGCCUCCUGAGGACCAAGAGAAUGAACGGAUAGGCUGGCGGGCACUGGUGCACCCCAAGACUCAUCCUGUGUCAGAGUAUGAAUUUGAAGUGAUCAUCGGUGGGGAUGGUCGGAGGAACACCUUGGAAGGGUUUCGUCGGAAAGAAUUCCGUGGCAAACUGGCCAUCGCCAUCACCGCAAAUUUUAUCAACCGAAAUACAACAGCAGAAGCUAAAGUGGAAGAGAUCAGUGGUGUGGCUUUUAUAUUCAACCAAAAAUUUUUCCAGGAACUGAGGGAAGCCACAGGUAUUGACUUGGAGAACAUCGUUUACUACAAAGAUGACACACACUAUUUCGUUAUGACAGCCAAAAAGCAGAGUUUGCUGGACAAAGGAGUGAUACUACAUGACUACGCCGACACAGAGCUCCUGCUUUCCCGGGAAAAUGUGGACCAGGAGGCUCUGCUCAGCUAUGCCAGGGAGGCGGCAGACUUCUCCACCCAACAGCAGCUGCCGUCUCUGGAUUUUGCCAUCAAUCACUAUGGGCAGCCCGACGUGGCCAUGUUUGACUUCACUUGUAUGUAUGCCUCCGAGAACGCUGCCUUGGUGCGGGAGCAAAACGGACACCAGUUACUAGUGGCUCUGGUCGGGGACAGCCUCCUAGAGCCUUUCUGGCCAAUGGGAACAGGAAUAGCCCGGGGCUUUCUUGCUGCCAUGGACUCUGCCUGGAUGGUCCGAAGUUGGUCUCUAGGAACAAGCCCUUUGGAAGUGCUGGCAGAGAGGGAAAGUAUUUAUAGGUUGCUGCCUCAGACCACCCCUGAGAAUGUGAGUAAGAACUUCAGCCAGUACAGUAUCGACCCAGUCACUCGGUAUCCCAAUAUCAACGUCAACUUCCUCCGGCCAAGCCAGGUGCGCCAUUUAUAUGAUACUGGCGAAACAAAAGAUAUUCACCUGGAAAUGGAGAGCCUGGUGAAUUCCCGAACCACCCCCAAAUUGACUCGCAAUGAGUCUGUAGCUCGUUCAAGCAAACUGCUGGGUUGGUGCCAGAGGCAGACAGAUGGCUAUGCAGGGGUAAACGUGACAGAUCUCACCAUGUCUUGGAAAAGUGGCUUGGCCCUUUGUGCAAUUAUCCAUAGAUACCGCCCGGACCUGAUAGAUUUUGAUUCUUUGGAUGAGCAAAAUGUGGAGAAGAAUAACCAACUGGCCUUUGACAUUGCUGAGAAGGAGUUGGGCAUUUCUCCCAUCAUGACAGGCAAAGAAAUGGCCUCCGUGGGGGAGCCCGAUAAGCUGUCCAUGGUGAUGUACCUGACUCAGUUCUACGAGAUGUUUAAGGACUCCCUCCCCUCUAGUGACACCUUGGACCUAAAUGCUGAGGAGAAAGCAGUCCUGAUAGCCAGCACCAGAUCCCCUAUCUCCUUCCUAAGCAAACUUGGCCAGACCAUCUCUCGAAAGCGUUCUCCCAAGGAUAAAAAGGAAAAGGACUUGGAUGGUGCUGGGAAGAGGAGAAAGACCAGUCAAUCAGAGGAGGAGGAAGCUCCCCGGGGCCAUAGAGGAGAAAGACCGACCUUGGUGAGCACUCUGACAGACAGGAGGAUGGACGUUGCCGUUGGGAACCAGAACAAAGUGAAGUACAUGGCGACCCAGCUGCUGGCCAAAUUUGAAGAGAAUGCACCCGCACAGUCCGUCGGCACACGGAGACAGCUAACACAAGAGCGUGGGGCCAGCCAGCCGUCCUGCUGCCUGCCUGGGCAGGUUCGCCCUGCCCCCACCCCGCAGUGGAAACAGCAACGGGAAAAGGAGUGUUCUCGGACCUGCCCCAAAAAAGUGAUCACCCUGUCUCCUUCCCCUACUCCACCUCCCUGUCGGGCGCAUGGCAGCCAGCAGACAUACAGGGAUCUUGAUGCUGACAACCGUGGCAAGCAGAGCCCCCACCGUGAGAGGCCAGAGCCUGAACCUCCUCGUCGAUUUUUUGUCGACCAGUGGGAGCUUUCUCUUAGUCUCCGCUCCUCUGCCCGCCCCGCCUCUCCCUCCUCCGACUCCCUCCGACAGAAGUAUAUAAAGAUGUACACGGGCGGAGUGAGCUCAUUGGCUGAGCAGAUAGCCAAUCAGCUUCAAAGGAAAGAACAACCCAAAGCCCUUCUAGACAAGAAGGAACUGGGCUCCAUGAAGAAGGAGUUCCCGCAGAACCUGGGAGGCAGCGACACGUGCUACUUCUGCCAGAAGCGGGUCUACGUGAUGGAGAGGCUGAGCGCCGAGGGCAAGUUCUUCCACCGGAGCUGCUUCAAGUGCGAGUACUGCGCCACCACCCUGCGCCUCUCAGCCUACGCCUACGACAUCGAGGAUGGUAAAUUCUACUGUAAGCCACACUACUGCUAUCGACUCUCUGGCUACGCACAAAGGAAGAGACCAGCGGUGGCUCCCCUGUCUGGAAAGGAGGCCAAAGGACCCCUGCAGGAUGGCCCCACCACAGACGCCAAUGGACGGGCCAGUACCGUGGCCGGCUCGACUGAGAGAACCCCAGGUUCAGGCGUGAACGGCCUGGAGGAGCCCAGCAUCGCCAAGCGGCUGAGGGGCACCCCAGAGCGGAUUGAGCUGGAGAACUACCGCCUUUCCCUGAGGCAGGCCGAGGCGCUGCAGGAGGUGCCCGAGGAGACCCAGGCCGAGCACAACCUGAGCAGCGUGCUGGACACAGGCGCCGAGGAGGACGUUGCCAGCAGUAGUUCCGAGUCUGAGAUGGAGGAGGAGGACGAGGAGGAGGAGGAGGAGCCUCGCCUGCCCCCCUCUGACCUGGGUGGCGUUCCGUGGAAGGAGGCCGUGAGGAUCCAUGCCCUUCUGAAAGGGAAAAGUGAAGAGGAGCUAGAGGCCUCCAAGAGCUUUGGGCCUGGGAAUGAAGAGGAAGAGGAGGAGGAAGAAUAUGAAGAGGAGGAGGAGGAGGACUAUGACGAGGAGGAGGAAGAGUCCAGUGAAGCCGGGAACCAGAGGCUCCAGCAGGUCAUGCAGGCAGCGGAUCCUCUGGAGAUCCAGGCUGACGUGCACUGGACUCAUAUCCGUGAGAGAGAGGAGGAAGAGAGGAUGGCGCCGGCCUCUGAGUCCUCUGCUUCCAGAGCUCCAUUGGAUGAGAAUGACCUAGAGGAAGAUGUGGACUCAGAACCAGCCGAGAUAGAAGGGGAGGCAGCAGAGAAUGGGGACCCAGGGGACACUGGUGCUGAGCUGGAUGAUGAUCAGCACUGGUCUGACAGCCCGUCAGAUGCUGACAGAGAGCUGCGUUUGCGGCACACAGCUGAGGGGGCAGCAGAGCCGGAGCUGAGGGUAUCAGAAGAUGAGGAGAAGCUGCCCGCCUCACCGAAGCACCAAGAGAGAGGUCCCUCCCAAGCCACCAGCCCCAUCCGGUCUGCCCAGGAAUCAGCUCUUCUGUUCACUCCAGUCCACAGCCCCUCAACAGAGGGGCCCCGACUCCCACCUGUCCCUGCCGCCACCUGGGAGACAUUACCUGAGGAGCGCCUUUUCCCUGAGCCUUUGCUCCCCAAAGAGAAGCCCAAAGCUGAUGCCCCCUCGGAUUCGAAAGCUGUGCACUCUCCCAUCCGAUCGCAGCCAGUAGCCUUGCCAGAAGCCAGGACUCCUGCCUCACCAGGGAGCCCACAGCCCCGGCCGCCCGUGGCAGCCUCCACGCCCCCACCCAGCCCACUCCCCAUCUGCUCCCAGCCCCAGCCUUCCACCGAGGCCACUGUCCCAUCCCCUACCCAGUCCCCCAUACGCUUCCAGCCUGUCCCAGCCAAAACAUCCACCCCACUGGCCCCUCUCCCUGUCCAAAGCCAAAGUGACACCAAGGACAGGCUGGGCAGCCCCCUUGCUGUGGAUGAGGCCCUCAGAAGGAGUGACCUGGUGGAGGAGUUCUGGAUGAAGAGUGCGGAGAUCCGCCGCAGCCUUGGGCUCACCCCUGUGGAUCGCAGCAAGGGGCCUGAGCCCAGCUUCCCCACGCCUGCCUUCAGGCCAGUGUCCCUCAAAUCUUAUUCCGUUGAAAAGUCCUCCCAGGAUGAGGGACUCCACCUUCUCAAGCCUCUGUCUGUCCCCAAAAGGCUGGGUCUGCCAAAGCCAGAGGGCGAGCCUUUGUCCCUGCCAACCCCCUGGUCCCCGUCGGACAGAGAGCUGCGCAGCGCCCAGGAGGAGCGCAGGGAGCUGUCCAGCAGCUCUGGCCUGGGCCUGCACGGGAGCUCCUCCAACAUGAAGACACUGGGCAGCCAGAGCUUCAACACCUCGGACUCCGCCAUGCUCACGCCACCCUCCAGCCCGCCCCCGCCCCCGCCGCCGGGUGAGGAGCCCGCCACCUUGCGGAGGAAGCUCAGGGAGGCCGAGCCCAGCGCCUCGGUGGUCCCGCCACCCUUGCCCGUCACAUGGAUGCGGCCCCCCCGGGAGCCUGCUCAGCCCCCCAGAGAGGAGGUGCGGAAGUCUUUUGUGGAGAGCGUGGAGGAGAUCCCCUUCGCUGAUGACGUGGAAGACACCUACGACGACAAGACUGAGGACUCAAGCCUGCAGGAGAAGUUCUUCACGCCCCCGUCCUGCUGGCCACGCCCCGAGAAGCCUCCCCACCCGCCCCUGGGCAAGGAGAACGGGAGGCUACCUGCUCUGGAGGGGGCGCUGCAGCCACAGAAGAGAGGGCUGCCCUUGGUCUCCGCGGAAGCCAAGGAGUUGGCCGAGGAGCGCAUGCGAGCCAGAGAGAAGUCCGUGAAGAGCCAGGCGCUGCGGGACGCCAUGGCCAGGCAACUGAGCAGGAUGCAGCAGAUGGAGCUGGCCACGGGCGCCCCCAGGUCCCGCAAGGCAUCAUCAGCACUCUCCCAGGGCAAGGAGCGCCGGCCCGACUCCCCCACACGUCCCACUCUCAGGGGCUCCGAGGAGCCCACCCUGAAGCAUGAAGCCGUCAGCGAGGAGGUCCUCUCCGCGCCGUCGGACUCGGGGGGCCCAGACGGCUCUUUCACUUCAUCUGAGGGCUCCAGUGGGAAGAGCAAGAAGAGGUCAUCACUCUUCUCCCCCCGCAGAAACAAGAAGGAGAAAAAGUCCAAAGGCGAGGGCCGGCCCCCAGAGAAGCCCAGCCCCAGCCUCCUGGAGGAAGCUGCCACCAAACCCAAGUCCCUGUGGAAGUCGGUCUUCUCUGGGUACAAGAAGGACAAGAAGAAGAAGGCCGACGACAAGUCCUGCCCCAGCACCCCCUCCAGCGGGACCACGGUGGACUCCGGCAAGCACAGGGUGCUUCCUGUCGUAAGGGCAGAGCUGCAGCUCCGGCGCCAGCUAAGCUUCUCCGAGGACUCAGACCUCUCCAGCGACGAUGUCCUUGAGAGGUCCUCGCAGAAGUCACGGCGAGAGUCGAUUUAUGUACCACACGCCUUGGCAUUCAGGAGAUCCCAUGCAUCAAAGCCAAGAACCUACACAGAGGAGGAACUGAAUGCCAAGCUGACCCGGCGUGUGCAAAAGGCAGCUCGGAGACAGGCCAAGCAGGAGGAGCUUAAGCGGCUGCAUCGAGCCCAGAUCAUCCAGCGGCAGCUGCAGCAGGUGGAGGAGAGGCAGCGGCGGCUGGAGGAAAGGGGCGUGGCUGUGGAGAAGGCGCUCCGGGGAGAAGCAGACUAUUGGGGAGAGUCUUAUUACAGUGACCUCAUCGACUUGCAUCUGGGUGGCAUGGGCAAGAAGGACGACCCCAAGCUGAUGCAGGAGUGGUUCAAGCUAGUGCAGGAGAAGAACGCCAUGGUGCGCUACGAGUCGGAGCUGAUGAUCUUUGCCCGGGAGCUGGAGCUGGAAGACCGGCAGAGCCGACUGCAGCAGGAGCUCCGGGAACGCAUGGCAGUGGAAGAUCACCUUAAGACUGAGGAGGAGCUGUCUGAAGAGAAGCAGAUUCUCAAUGAGAUGCUGGAGGUGGUGGAGCAGAGAGACUCACUGGUGGCGCUGCUGGAGGAGCAGCGGCUCCGGGAGAGAGAGGAGGACAAGGACCUGGAGGCUGCCAUGCUGUCCAAGGGCUUCAGCCUUAACUGGUCCUGAGCUCACACCCAGCGCUCCAUUUUCUGUUGGCAUCCGCCUGGCCGGGUAGUGGCCUCCAAACCACCCGAAGCCACGAUCUGAGGAGGCCUGGCACCUCCUUGGAGUUUAUGCUCAGAUGCCCGUGUGCUGCUUGGAAAGUGGUCGAGUCCCGCAUGCAGUGGGGAGCCCCAGGGACAGUGGUUAUCUGAGACGGUGCCACCUCCUGGGAGGAGGCCCACCUGGACCUCCCGCUCAGAGGAGGAGCACGGUGUGUAUGGCAUGACGCAGGGGCCCACCCCGCACGCUCCCUGAGGAUGUGCUGGCUAUGCCUCUUUCUUCCACUGGCACAUUUGGUAAGAGAGGGAAACAGCUCCCGUCAGAACCACAGUGCGCCACCACAGCCUGCAAGGGCCACUGUCUUCUUCAUGCUCCCUGGAGCACCACCAAAGAAACGUAAACAGUACCCCACGAAAGCAGGGUGCGAUUGAGACCCAGGAUGGGGAGGUGUCCAGUCAUGCCCACGCCAGCAUCACAGGAGACAUGGAAGUGUGGGCAGGCUCCGGAAUUGAUUAUGCAAAUUAGGAGGACGCAGGAGGGGUGUGCUCUCCAGCCGAACACCACACACUGGACCCUAAGUGGCCAAAUGCCUGGGCCUCUCGCUGGCUGCGGCCUGAGGCCUGUGGGUUGCUGCAUUUUGCUUGUAGUUCACAACCAUUUUGACACUGGAAAAUGCUGACUUUGGGGGACAGGAUGAGGCCCUACAUUCUACGCCCCCAGUUGGCAGACAGGCAUUGUCCCUGUUCCACAUUUAUGCUGGGGCGGGAGAUGGCCUCUUCCUCGGUGUCUUUCCUGUGUUUGCACAUUGAAAUGGAGCUGACAACCUGGCAAGACGCUCAGCCGCUUCAAACCCUUUUUGUCAAUUAACUUAUUUUUUUAAUACUUGAAAAGAAGUAACUUGGUUUGUAUUUCUUUACUAGAGACACUGAUCACUUGAUGCCCGCGUGCGGGAGCCACAGCGGCAUCUGCUGCGUCCCACACGGCCUGGUCCAGGGCUGCCCGGCGCUCGCCACGUGCAUCUAUUUAUUAGCCUUUCUCUUCGUAUCACUGGCCUGGCUGGCAUCAGGGAGCUGCCCAGGACCCCCGUUGGGUCCUGCUCACAGCUUUCUGUCCCCUCCUGCACCUGGUGCCUGCCUCACCCUGGCGCUAGACCGUCUGGACCGCUCACGUGAUGAGGGGGCAUUUCCGUUCUGUUUUGGACCAAGCUAACAGCAGAGCCACCACUCUCACCCUCCCAAUGAGAAUUCUGGCUCUGCAGAACUCACCCUUUUCUCAGUUUGGGUGCCAGGGCAUCACCUUCCUCCACACGUAUGUUAAAGACGGUUUCGGGAUGGGCCCUCGUCCACACUGGCCAAGAGGGUACAGGGUGGGACCCUGGAAUCGUGGCUGGUGAAGUCCCUCCUCCCAGCCUAAGAUUCACCCAGACGGAAACGCAAGAGCUGCAGUGGAUGCUGGGAUGCAGGCUGGCCUCUCUCGAGCAGAUAAGAGACUCCCGCCCUCCCUCCCAAGGGUGAUGGGCACCUGCCUUGUGCCGGAUCUUCAUGGGGCCAUGAAGGGUGGCGAGCCCCGAAUCACUAGCUCCUAUAGCCAAACCGUUCCUUUCUCACGGUUCUGCACCAGCCUGGCUGUGUACAGCUCAUCAAGCCACUGAGCUAAUUGGGGGUGGGGUGCUUGUCCAUCAAAGCAGUUAGCACAUAGUCCAGCCAGGAGCCCCCCGGGCUAGACCCACCUGCCCCUAGGGGUGCUCCAGCCACCUGCCGCCUCCCUGGGCUGGGGCCAGCUGGGAGCAGAGGCCUGGCCCCUCCAAGGCAUCCCGUAGCGGAGCAGGCCGAGGGGCCGUGCUGACCUUGGGCUUUCCAUGGGAACCACACUGUGCCUCAACUUGAACAUUCAUCCCAACUGCAAAGGAGCAAAGAACCUGUGUCAUCCCUGUUCAGAAGCUGCCAUCUCUCUCCCGUGCACAUCCAGGAAGUACGCUGCUGGUGGCUGCCAUGGCUCUGAUUCUCCUCUACCCGCUCUCAUGUGAGGCAAAGGUCUCCUUUUCUCUUCUCUUAAAAAAGGGGAGAGGAGGGUUCCUAGAUUCCAUCUUCAAACCCCAGUCUUCCCAUAAAAUUGGACGUGGGAAAAGACCUUCACUGCGGUGUGGCCUUUCCCAGACCUCUCCUAUCGAAGGCCACAAAACCAGUCCAGGCCCGGCAGAGCUGCCUUUGGCCCUUGUAGCUCCUGCUGGCCCCACAACGGGGAAGCAGUUUGCAAAGUGGCUCGGAAGGAGUGUGGCCUAGGAAUCUGCUACAAGUGGCCGGGUGUAGCAGGAGAGCCCAGCGUCACCUCCUGGUCCUGGACAGCCUUAACACUGUGGCAUCCUCCGCAGCACACACAGCGGCCUGCAGUCUGGAAAGCGGACCCAAGCCUUUGCAGAGGGGCGCCAUGGAGCUGCAGGCCCGCACAGCAGCCCCAGCCUCCCACUCCUGACUGUGAGGACAUCGGUUCUAGGAGAGCACUUUUUUUAAAGCUCCCAUUUUGUAACCACUUUGCAGUUGACUUGAGUACUCUGGUAACUUGCUGUGUGAAGCGAUCUCCAGCUGUGAGAACGUGCAGCUCCAGGCAGGUUUUCUUUCCAAGAGUUAAGUCUUCCCUUGAAGGCCGGGAAGCAGGAUGGAUACACAUGUAUCAUGCACAUAAAGUACCAGGCGCAGGAGCAGCCCAAACUCGAGGCUGACUAAACUGGAGGCUGAACACUGUGGAGGUCUGCAUGCAGCCUCCCUGGAGCCGCCCCUGGGCUUGAGGGUGCCGCACCCGUGGGCUUCCAGGCCUGCCCAAGUGGUGCCUUCAGGCCUUUGCCCCUGGCGGCCAUCCUUAGGCCGAUUUUGACCAGCAAUGAUAGACUCUUCUUAACCCUUUCAAGAAAAUUUUUUCAGUGGGACAGGAAGGAGAGUUAAACAUUUUUUUAAAGGUGGUAACAUCUGACCCAUGAAGGGUAUGGGUCUGUUUUACGCUAAAUAAAAGUUUUUCAAA